AUGCCAUGGGCUCUAGCACCAGUCGUUAUCAACGCCCCAAUGAGCGCCGUGGCAACUAAAGACUUGGCAUGUGCAGUCACCUCUGCCGGUGGUCUUGGUUUUAUCGGAUUUGAUGAUCCACGUCACCUAAAUGUGCAGCUAGAAGAAGCCAAAAGUCUUCUCAAGAAUGUCACCAUUCCAUCAAACGUUCUACCCAUCGGCGUAGGAAUUAUUGCUCUCAAUGGACCACCAUCCGAUUUCCUUCCUGUCUUCGCAAAUCACAAACCAAUUGCUGUUUGGCUUUCAUUUGGUGAAGCAACGGAUUUCUUGCGAUGGUCUACAAGCAUUCGAUCCGUAUCCCCCAACACGAAAGUCUGGAUUCAAGUCGGCAGCGUCAGUGCAGCCGUGCAAGCUGCUAAGACUUGUCAGCCUGAUGUGCUAGUUCUCCAGGGAAGCGACGCUGGUGGACAUGGACAUGCGCGAGGAUCAAGCAUUGUUACAUUAAUACCAGAGGUUGUGGACACCUUCGCUGAACACGGCAUUGAAGAGAUUCCCUUGGUCGCAGCUGGCGGUAUAAUGGAUGGACGUUCAGCGGCAGCAGCAAUAAUGCUAGGUGCCUCUGGUGUGGUUAUGGGAACACGAUUCCUUGCUGCCAGUGAGGCGAAAUUGCCUGCAGCCUAUCGACGAGAAAUCUUCCAAGCUACUGAUGGUGGAGACGCCACAGUUCGCUCUAGAGUUUUUGAUGAGAUGUGGUCGCCGAAUGCUUGGCCAGAUCUCUAUGAUGGGCGCUGUCUGCGGAACGCCUGCUAUGAUGAUGUUCAAAACGGUCUGAGUAUAGAACAAAUGCGGGAACGACUCUAUAAUAACAUCUAUAAAAAUCAAAACCAGGAGGUUGAUGCGAAAGAUGUCAACAGCUUCUGGGCUGGGAGUGGAGUGGGAAUGGUCAAUAAGUUGGAAAAUGCCGAAGAUAUUGUGGAAAGCACUCGAAACGAUACCAGAAACCGACUCACAAAUGCAUUAAAUUGGUUCUGA